GUCAGCAUGGACUGAAGGCGCGCUGCUAUUUGAAGAUAGCACGACUGUCGUUUCAUCGCCAUUUAUUUUAAACAUUACUGUUUACUUUAUAGCACUUGUUCCAUACAGACUUUCCUCGUUGCUCAGAAGAGCGAUAUAAAAAUCAGACCGAGAUGGCAGAGGCUCAGGCCUUUGUGACCCUGGCCACCACAGAUGCCUAUAGCAUGGGAUGUAUAGUGGUAGGCAAAAGUUUGCGCAGGCAUGGGACGUCGAGGAAGUUAGUGGUUAUGGUUUCCCCCAAUGUUUCCAGAGCAGCAAGAUUGGCCCUGGAAUACGUGUUUGAUGAAGUUGUCAUGGUAGAUGUGUUGGACAGUGGAGACAAGGCUCAUCUCACCCUGCUGCGACGUCCUGAACUGGGGGUCACCUUCACUAAACUCCACUGCUGGACCCUUACACAGUACAGCAAGUGCGUGUUCUUGGAUGCAGACACACUUGUACUGUGUAAUGUUGAUGAGCUGUUUGAAUAUGAAGAAUUGUCUGCUGCACCUGAUCCAGGCUGGCCGGAUUGCUUCAACUCUGGGGUAUUUGUGUUUAGGCCCUCCCUGAAUACCCACACCCAAAUACUGGAACACGCUGCACAGCACGGCAGCUUUGAUGGUGGUGACCAAGGUGUUUUAAACACUUUUUUCAAUGACUGGGCAGUAAAAGAUAUCAGAAAACAUUUACCAUUUGUGUACAACCUCACAUCUGCAGCCGUUUACACGUAUCUGCCAGCAUUUCAGCAGUAUGGCCACCAUGCAAAAAUUGUCCACUUCUUGGGUGGGACUAAGCCCUGGCACCUUUCAUAUGAUCCACAGGCUGUCAAUGAGUCAUCCCUUUGGGAUUCCAGCAAUAACUUUCAGCAGUUUAUACAGUUAUGGUGGGUGGAGUACUACAGUAAAAGACAGCUAGAAGAUAAAAAGGAUGACAAGAAUGAAGACCAUGUAAGGCAACACUCACAUCAGCCAGUGGAGCAGUUGGUUUCUCCACAGACACAUUUGACUCCAUCACAAAGCCAAAAGAGCAGCACUGAAGCCCAUCACAGAGAGAUGAUAACACCCUCUCCACCUCUCCAAGAUCCAGCUUUGGACUCGCUGACAAUCAGCUCAUCUGAAAAACCUGAGGAAUCGAAUAUUCUCAUUGAUGUCCUGUCUGGUGGAGAGACUGAAGAGACCCCUGUAGUCAGCCCUCCAUCUGAGCAAGAAAGCGAGCACACAGAACCAGAGACUGCUGAUGAUUCUGCUGUAGCCACUGGAGAAGCUGCCGCAGCUGAGACAGAGGAAGAUGACUUAGAGCAUCGACGCAUGUGGGAGGAAGGUCGCGCUGAUUAUAUGGGCAAAGAUGCCUUUGACAACAUCAUGAGGAAACUUGACCUGUUCCUUGAUUAGUUUUGUGUAUGUGCAGGAUGUGGGAGUAAACAACACAUCUCUUUCCACCUUAUUCUUCAAACGGUUCAUUAGAAGAAUAACAAUGUGCAGUAAAUGGUAAAACAGAUUGCACUACAAACCACUGUGUUCAUAAUUAGAUAAUACACUAAAAUAAUAUGGUAAGAAACCAAUUUGCAAUAUCAAGCAGCAAAACGAGAUGUUUUGUACAUUUAAAAAUAGCUGGAUGCGGAUGAGACAGAAAGCCAGACCAAUAAAAUUUUGGCUGCACCCGUUCUUACAGAACAAAUAA